AUGUUAGAGUGUCAGAGUUGUCAAUCGUUUUUCUUCGUCCCGCCGAUUAACAACGGCUUCUCGGCAAGAGUUGAAAAGGUGGCCGUGUCGUGCGAUGCGUUUGAUUUCGGUCAAGAAGACACCAACAACGACCGCAUCACCAUCGAAUGGACGAACACCCCAGACGGUGCCGCCAAGCAAUUCCGUCGUGAAUGGUUCCAAGGAGAUGGAAUGGUCCGCCGCAAGAACUUGCCAAUCGAGUACAACCCU